GAGGGUCCCUACUUUAAUAAAUUUUCAGGAAAUCCGGUCAAUCCAGGUUUAUCCUUUUUUCCCAAAAUAAACAAAGGAUCAUCUGUAAUAUGGUAUUCCACAACAACCACUGGAGAGGGAUACAUGAAAAUAGUAGAUUACACCACUGUUAUAGAGGACAAGCUUAAAGUGUACGAUACCCAUUUGGAAAACAUGAACAAUUCUUCCUACACAGUAGACUGUGAAACACCAGGUUUUAAAAAAGGAAGCGAUGAUGUAUGUCGUUUUAAAAGAGAGUCUUUGGGUAAUUGCAGUUCCGGGAGUUUUGGAUACGAUGAUAUGCAGCCGUGUUUUUAUUUAAAAAUUAAUAAGAGAAUAUGGGUACAUUGCAAAGGAAAACGAGCUGCAGAUGUUGAACAUAUGGGUAUUAUAGAUUAUUACCCCUAUCAAGGAUUUUCUGGAUAUUAUUUUCCACAUUUUUCCAUACAUUCCUAUUUUUCGCCAUUAGUCGCAAUAAAAUUUCGCAAUUUAACAAGUAAGUAA